AUGACGAGAAGCGGUGAGAAUGGAGGUCCUUCAAAGAAAGCACUACCUAACUACCAUAAACCUCUGCUUAUAGGAAACUGGGUAAAGGCUCAGGAAUGGGCUGCAGUUCCUGGUAGCCAAGCCACCUACCUUGGCAACCCAGUUCCACGGGGCACACUACCCACCAUUAUGGUCAUUGAAUUGCUUGCUAUUUCCUUUGUGGAGCAGCAAAGGAGCAUGGAGAAAGACCCAGAGAAGAAGAAAUACCCUGGUGGUGCUUUUGAUCCUUUGGGAUACUCCAGGGUCCCUAAAGCAUUCCAGAACUUGAAAGGAUCUGAGGAGAAAGGAAAAUAUAGCUUUGGUUAAAAUGUACAAAUUUGAAAUGAAAUUGCACUGUAGGGACGAGUAGAACGACCGUGGGACGCUUCAAAACUCGAAACUGGGGAAUGCUCAUCUUCUAAACGUC